AUGGAAAAACCCAGAGUGGUGUUUUCUAGCAAUAAGAGUAAAUUAGUUAGUAAGCUGUUGGCUAAGGCUCAGUCCUUAUUUAGUAAAGCAUUCUUUAGAGGUUGGAAUAACUAUUUGGACAAGGCUUGGAGCAUAUUUCUCAGUUUUUGUAAAAUUACUAAGCAAAAGGCUCUACCUUCCUCUGUGGAUAUACUUGUCUCCUGUCUUAUAUGGCUAGACUUGACUCAUGCUUUUGUGAAGUGCACAGAUAUCUUAGCUGCAGUGUUAAAGGAACAUUUAAAUGCUCAAUUCCCAGACCCUUCAAAGGCAUACAAAAACUGUUCUCUCUUUCUUUCUAGACAAGGCAAGCAGUUAACUGUAGGUGCGAUUGGAGUGAUUGUUAAAAGGCUUGCCAAACAUUCAGGUCUAGAAGGCUGCUAUACAGCACAUAGCAUUAGGAUAGGGGGAGCAAUAGCAGCUAUGGAAGCUGGUCUUUCCCUCACCCAGAUAAGAGCAAUUGGCGGUUGGGAUAGUAAGGCAGUCAUGCUUUAUGAUUGA